UUUCAAUCAUCCUCGUGGUAAGAUGUAUAAAAAGUGAUUUUGUGCUCUUCGCUAGCGCUAAUAGCUGUACUACAAGUCGGAAUAUUACAACAAUGGGCCGGUGAUAUCCAAAGAUUUCCAGGUAUAAUAUUCCUGCGAUUGACGGUUAUUCGAUAUCCGAAUUAACAAUAAUGGAAGAAUACCGAGCAUCAUACCGAAACGAUGGACCUUACAAUCUUGGUGACGUGGAAAGCACCACGGCCAAAGUCCUUACGGACGACGAAAAGCUGCGCCUCGAAGAACAGAAUAAACGCAUGGUAUCAGAAUUUCAAGCCUUGAAGUUGGAACGGGAAGCACGUAAGCAUUGGGAUUUAUUUUAUAAACGGAACGAGGACAGAUUUUUCAAAGAUCGUCACUGGACAACACGUGAAUUUGAGGAAUUGCUAAUGGAGGACGCGUCAAGCGCAUCAGCCGAACAAAAUGAAAAUGUAAAACAAAUGUUGGAAAUUGGUUGCGGUGUUGGGAAUCUAAUAUUUCCACUUAUUGAGGAUGGCCGAAGAAAAUUUUUCAUCUAUGCGUGCGAUCUAUCACCACGUGCUGUUGAGUUGGUCAAGAAACAUAACCUCUACAAUGAACAGUAUAUGAAAGCUUUCCCAUGCGACAUUACCAGCGACGAUGUAUUUAAAACUCUGCCUGAAGCCAGCUUGGACAUAGCGACCUUAAUUUUCGUUUUGUCGGCCAUUCACCCGAAUAACUUCCCCUCGACCGUAGGAAAUAUAUUCCGUCUGAUGAAACCGGGAGGUAUGGUACUGUUCCGCGACUACGGGCUCUACGAUAUGGCUCAAUUGAGAUUCAAGCCAGGAAACAAAAUAUCGGAGAAUUUCUACAUGAGGCAAGACGGAACUAGAAGCUACUAUUUCGCUGCAGAGGAAGUAAGCCGACUUUUCCGAGAUGCCGGUUUUGAUGUAGUCGUCAGCAGUUACAUUCACCGAAGAACGGUUAAUCCAAAGGAGAAUAUCGAUGUGCCGCGGAUAUUCGUACAGGGCAAGUUUCGGAAACUUGCGAAAUGAUUGAGGUAACCAGUUUGUAGUACCGUGAAUUUUGACAAGCGUGCGCUUUUUGGUGUAACACAUGCAGAUUCGGAAAACGUGCAAUUUAUGGCACGUGGAGUUAGCUUUCGGUCUAUCUGGCUCUACACUGCCUGGGGUAGGACAAUGCUUGGCUGCCACGAUCAGAAAGAUUUGCUACCUUUCUAUCGGGUAUUCAGAUGACCGAUAUUCUGUGGACAUAUUGUUGAGAUAAGCGUUUUAUAACUCAAGAUGUUCUGCGGCAGAAGUCAGAAAUCGUUCCAUACUUAUCAAGUCUGCGAUAAUAACAUAAUUGAGUUGGUAAGUCCAAACCGCUGAAAAAUCGAUUCGAAUCGAAAUCGAAAACAUUCUUUCAAUAAACAAAAACAAA